AUGGCGAGAAAUAUCGUCCCCAUCUGGGCCGCGCCCAUUGCUUCGACCAACUUUAAUGUCGUCACCGCUCUGCUCGGUGGUUUCAUUUCGCUCUUUGGCCUAGUUUCGUUUUUGAUCAAGGAGCACUUUUACCUCUCCGAAGCCCUCAUUGCCAUGGUCAUUGGCGUUGCCUUUGGCCCCAAGGGCGCACAAUUCAUCCGCCCCCACGAGUACGCCGGUUGCCCCCAAAACAACCUUUCGGCGACGCAGUGCGAGGCCAACAUCGACGCCAUCACCCUCGACUUCUCCCGGCUGGUCCUCGCCGUCCAGCUGGUCCUCGCCGGUGUCCAGCUGCGCAGCAAGUAUCUGUGGCUCGAGGCCAAGUCCGUCCUCCUCCUUGUCGGCCCCGGCAUGGCCAUGAUGUGGAUAGCCACCAGCCUACUUGUCUGGAGCUUGCUCGGCACGCCUAGCUUCCUCCACGCCCUCGCUGUUGGCGCCUGCGUUACACCCACCGACCCCGUCUUGUCCGCCGUCAUCGUCAAGGGCAAGUUUGCGGACAAGAACAUCCCCAAGGUGCUGCAGGACCUCAUCGUCGCCGAGUCGGGCACCAACGAUGGCCUCGGCUACCCUUGGCUGUUCUUUGCGCUCUACCUCAUCAAGUACAUAGGCGCCGGGGCCGACCCUGACGCUGGAGGUGCGGGCCAAGCAUUUGGCCUCUGGUUCGCGCUGACUUGGGCCUAUGUCAUCCUCAUGAGCAUCGCCUAUGGUGCCGUCGUCGGCUUACUCGCCCAGUAUUUGCUUCACUGGGCUGAAGACCGCGGCUGGGUUGAUCGUGAGAGCUUUCUCGUUUUCGCCAUCUCGCUCGGUCUUUUUGUUCUUGGCACUUGUGGUCUCCUUGGUACCGAUGACGUCCUGGCUUGUUUCGUCGCCGGCAAUGCGUUCACAUGGGACGAUUGGUUCCGACAGGAGACCAAGGAUGACUCACUCCAGCCCACCGUUGAUAUGCUACUCAACGUCACCAUCUUCCUGUGGUAUGGUGCCGUCAUCCCCUGGGAUCUCAUUGCCCACAACGAUUUCACUACGCUCUCCCGCGUGAUUCCGCUUGGUCUUCUCAUCCUGCUGCUCCGCCGUCUUCCAUGGAUCUACGGCAUGCAUCAAUGGAUCCAUCAAAUCGAUAGCCGCCAGAAUGCCAUAUUCGUUGGUUUCUUUGGCCCCAUUGGCGUGUCGGCAAUUUUCUAUCUGUACAUUGCCACUGAGUUCAUUGACAGACACCUGAGCGACGACAACGGCGUUCCUCGAGAGGACGUGAAACAUCUCCGGGAUACCGUCACCGUCGUCGUUUGGUUCAUGGUUGUCGUCAGUGUUGUUGUUCACGGGCUGUCCAUCCCACUUGGAAAGUUGGGUUACAUGGCGCCCCGAACGCUCAGCCGAGCUCUGAGCGGCGAUGUCAGCGACUCUGCUCCUAGUGGUAGACCAGCUUUGCCCGGAUUUGGUCGCCGCAUUCCCGGCACCAAAGAUGAUCCUGUUCAAGGCUGCGACAGUGGCGUUUUUGGCAGCUCCUCGGCGCGCCAAUCAAGCAGCCGGGCGCAAUCUCUGCGCGACCGCCUCCGCGAUGUUGAGUCCGGAUCAGACGCCAACCUACCCCAGAGUGCGGUCGCUGAGCCCAAACCCGCGGUGAGACGUGAAAUUCGCUUCCCAGAUGAAGCUUCGUCUUCGUGA